AUGCCGCCCUACCAUUAUAUCGCGGCCUUGACCGUGUUCGCGGCCGCCGCUGCGUCCGAGACCAUAGGGGCAAAGAUCAACGAUGCGGAAGUGACCGAGAUCUUUGGUAACUCCUUUGGCAUGCCCGGAACCAAUGCGACGUACGACUACGUCGUCGUGGGUGGCGGCACCGCUGGCAACGCUCUCGCUGCUCGCCUGGCUUUAGAUCCAGCAAACUACCCCGUUGCUCUGAUCGAGGCCGGCACUUUCUACGAGAUCGUCACCAGCAACAGGACCCAGAUUCCCGGUUACAACUUUGAGGCGGCGAACCCGACCAACGUGGGAACCCUGAACUCCUUGGCCGCCAUCCAGAUCAACACGGAGCCUAUCGCUGGUUGCAAUGGGAGAAAGAUCGGCUAUGUCCAGGGCGUUACAUUUGGCGGCGCCUCUGCUGCCAACUACGGCGGGUACUCGAGAUCCACCGCCGGCGCGCACGAUCUCUGGGCCGAGGAUGUCAAGGACGAUUACUGGUCCUGGGAUAACGUGUUCCCCUUCUACAAGAAGAGCUGCGACUUCACGCCGCCGGACUACACCAAGAUUAACCCCAAGCUGAACAUCAGCUACGAUCCGGCAGCCUUCGAUGACGCGGGCGGUCCGCUGCAGGUGUCCUACGGCAACUAUGUGCACCCCUCCAUGGUCGGCCUUGGCGAGUCGAUGGAGGCUCAGGGCCUCGAGCACAUCCCCGGUUUCAACAGUGGCAAGUUACUCGGAUACGGCGCCAUCACCUCGGCUGUCGACCGUAUAACGGCGACCCGCAGUUCGUCCGAGACGUCCUUCUUGCAGGCCGGAGCCAAGAAGGCCGGUCUCAAGAUCUACCCCAAUGCCAUGGCCAAGCGCAUCCUGUUUGACGGAGACAAGAAGGCCACAGGCGUGGUGGUCGAGGGCAACUCCAAGAUUCAUACCGUACAGUGGGUUCUUUCGGCAAAGAAGGAGGUUAUCCUCACCGCUGGUGUUUGGCGCUCACCUCAACUUCUCAUGGUUUCUGGCGUCGGUCCCUCCGAAACUCUCUCUCAGCACGGUAUCGACGUUGUGGCGGACGUUCCUGGUGUUGGGCAAAACCAAUGGGUGAGUCAUGACCAACCUUUCCAGGCACACAUCUUCAAGGUCAAUGUCGAGACCAACUCGCAGAUCGUUGCCCAUAACCCUGAGGUCCUCGCAAAAGUAGCCGAUGACUACCUGACCAGCCAGUCCGGUCCUCUUUCUUCCAUUGGCGCCACCCAGGCUGUUGGUUACGAGAAGUUCCCCCCCAACGUCCGCAACCGCUUCCUCAGCAACGCCACCCGGAACCUCCUGGACAGCUACCCCUCCGACUGGCCUGACCUCAACUUCCUCGGCCUGGAGAGCUCCGCUGUGCCCUCGGACAUUGGUCCAGACGAGUACUACCUCCUCAUCGGCUCGACGCUCUACUCGACCGCGGCCCGUGGCAACAUGACCAUCAAGAGCGCCGACACUCUGGACGCCCCCGUCAUCAACCCCAACUGGCUGGGCGACGAGCGAGACCUCGAGAUGGCCGUCGCCGCCUUUACGCGCAUCCGCGAGGUCGCCCUGAACAGCACCAUCGUCGAGUCGGCCUGGAGCCCCGGCCCGGAGGUCCAGACGAAGGAGGAGAUUGUCGACUGGAUCAGGAGCAGCAUGAGUCUCACGUACCACGGCGCCUGCACGAACAGGAUGGAAGCCGACGAUGACGAGACGGCCGUCGUCGACACUCGAGGCAGAGUCCGCGGCGUCAAGGGGCUCCGCGUGGGCGAUGCCAGUGCCUUCGCUAUCCUGCCGCCCGGCUACCCUAUGGCCACGACUUGUACGUUGAGGCAAUCUCUUUGCAUCUAUUCUAAUUGUUUGGCGGAUUCGGGCUGACACACUUUGCGUGGACAUGUUCGCGGAGAAGAUCGCAGACGCUAUUUUGAACGACAACUAACCCUUGGCUUGCGACUGAGAUGAUGUCUGGUGUGUUCCUGCGACGG